AUGUACAAAUUCGGAGAUUGGGGACCGGGUGGCGAGCCCUAUCUUCUGACUGCACUAGGCGAGCGGCAACUGACUACUUGCUGUUUAUCUAGCCCAUCUAUACCGCCCAUCGCUCCUCACGCAGCCGACAAUAAGGAGAACCCGUGGCCAGUCAAAAAAUGCCAUAUCAUGCAAGUGGACUCAGACCAAACACUCCGUCCCUCGAAGCGGCUCCGCGACCUCGAUAGCGUGCCCCAGUUUCCUCCCUCUCCGACCAAGAGCGUGUCAAGCGCAGCAGCAUCCGAAGCCCCCGAAUUACUCGAAGACUUUGAAGAACAGCCCGUCUUAUUUUGCAAUUUCGACGACGAGGAAAGGAAGGAGCCCGAAGACGUCGCGGCGAUGCGCAGGGCGACUCAGCGGUUUGCAGAUGGCAUUGGAAUCUUGGGGUACGAUGACAUCAAUGCGGUUGUUUCCGCCCUGCCACUAAUAGAUAGGAUGCGGUUUCAGUAUUCUUGGGCAAACGACCGGGAGCAGCGCUGUUUGCUCGGUUCAAUGCCUUCGACAACGCAGAUACGGGACAUUGUAGAGACCGCACGACAGUACGAUCAUGGAUCGGGCGUCUCCGAGGAUGAAUGGAACUCUGAAGUCCAGCAUCCGCUCCUCAAACUCGCACGCAACACGUCUAAGCACCGACAGCCGCUCGACAUUCAUAAUGUGUAA